UGAUUUCAUCUAAACAUAACGACGGCAACAUGGCGUUGACGGCACUGACGGUCGCCUUUCUAGCUUUCGUAUCUGAAGUGGUGCCGGAACACUGUCCUGCGGGCAUACGGAAGUGGACGCCGAACUCCACGUUUGCAAACCUGUACGCGCCCUUCGACUGCCCGAAGCCUGAGGACUCAUCGGAGAACAUCUACUGUUGCGGCAUGUUGUCCUUUAGGUUCUGCUGCCCAACGAAGUGUGGCGAUUACGAUUUUUCCUGUCCGAGGCCCGACCCUCCUCUCAUCUGGCCUGAUAACACCGACUCGGGGACUUACGACAGCGGAGACUAUUACGACUCAGAUUCGGAUGACAGCGGUUUCUCUACCGGCGGCAUGGCGAUCCUGGCCGUGGUGGUUCUGGCCGUCAGCUGCACCGUCAUGAUGUGCUGUAGGAACGCGUACAACAGGGAGGAAGAGUUGAACAGAGCGAUGACGUCAGACGGUUACGUCACUACCUACGUGGACGGCACGACGCUGUCGUCACCAGGCCGGGUCAGAGGUCGCACUCAAGCCAGCGCGGCGGACGGGACAGUGAUCCACCCUACAGUGCACGUGCACCCUCGGUCAUCGGACCCGCCCUCAGGCACACGUGCAGACCCUCCAUAA